CAAAUGCGCGAGAAGGUAUUGUUUCACUAAACACUUUAGUGCGAUUAUUUAAAAUACAGGAAGCAAGUAUGCAUCAGUAAGCAAGUACGAACUUACUACUGGGAAGUCAUUCAGGUGAAGGUACAGACUUCAUUGUUUAGGUAUAUUUGUGGUGUUGAAAGGGUUUCAGGUGUUCAAUCCUCUUAUCUUGUAUAAAAAUUAUACAUAUAUUUUCACAUUUUUGAAGCCGAACGAGCGUUUAUUUGCAAUUCCUGCAGCUCUUAGUUGCAACGCUAGAGUUCUAAAAAUAAGGAUCUUCUUGAACGUCUUUUUGUAUAUGAAAUGAAUACUGAAAAUCCAUUUGCAGCACUUAGUCCAAGUCCGGCCCCUUUUGCUGCUACUGCAGGUCAUGAAGAAGUUGAAGAAGUAGACACGUCGAGCUUUUUGUUUUCUGCCCUAAAAAUUGGCACUACUAUCUCACUUGGUCAACCAGAGGCGUCAGACCCUCCGGCCAAAUCAUAUUUGUUUGCUAUUCACAAUCCGAGUGGCCGAUUUGUAGCAGGUGUUCCCAAUGGUUUAGUACUAGGGCCCGUUUCAUUUUUACACAAGUUCCUCGAUGAGGCUCCCAUGAACGCAGGACCUCAACAACUUCCACUAUCAUCUGAAAUUGUUCAGCUUACUAUUCCAAACGCUGGUUUCUCUUUCGUGGAUUUUACUUCGAAUGGAACAUAUAUUGUGGCAUAUAGUCUUUCUUCUCAAGAACUUAUUGUCUUUAAUACGGCCUCCUGUUUACUGGGUAAUGUUAAUCCUCACUGGAAGUUACAAAUGUCAAACGUAGACCUCAUUCUUCCAAAUCCAGAAGAUGAUGAUCUCGUUGCUCUUCAUUUAAAUACGCUAGAAGUAUGUAUCUUUAGCAUUUCUCAGUCCACUGUACAUCCUCCAAUAGUCAAAGAAGCUACCACCGUAGCUUGGUCAAGGCGCGGCAAGCAAUGUGCUGCGGGAUUAACCAAUGGUUAUAUAGGUCAAUAUACCCCGGAUGGGCAAUGCAAAAAGGAAAUUGCUCCUCCUUCUGAAUUACAAGAGUAUUUUGUCCAGGAUAUCGCAUGGGUGCAAAACCGGGAGUUCAUUGUCUAUUAUAGCCCAACAUCAACCUUGACAAGUAGUGAUCCUGAACACGAAUCAGUUUGUUAUAUUAUUAGUUUGGGGCUGGAUCAAUCUGUAACUUAUAAAACUGCAACAGAUCCUACUCCUCCGUUUGGUGCCGACUAUCGUCAUGACCACCAUUAUUUCUCCUUUCUUCAGUCCUGGAGUCCAAACCUAUUUUCAUUAGCAAUUGUGUCAGCAACUUCUAGCUCGGAUAUUGGCCUCUUUGCUCAUUUGGUAGACUCAAACUCAUGGAAGAGUUUGAUUAUUUCUGAAGAAACAAAGAGAGCUUCCCUUCCGUAUUCCCAGAAAAAGGAGCAAGAUACUUCUCCUUUGGCUCUCAGUUUGGACCUUACUUCUUCUGAGAGAGUCCAGAAGCCACUAAGCCCAGCAGAGGUUCCUGCAGACUGUCCUCCUCUUCCAAUUCUUUGGAUUUAUGAUAAUGACUAUCAACUUUCUGGAUUUCGAUUCAUUUAUAUUGAUGCUAUUAUGGAAAAUUCAAUCUAUCCUGAAAUGAUCGUUGCCAGAAACAUAUCCGGUUCUGAAACUGUUCGAACCUCUAAUGACGAGAACGUAAAGUCGUCUCCUUCUUUUUCAAAUCCAGUUAAACCUGGCUCCCAAUUGUCUUUUGGUGCAUUUCAGUCUCAGAAUCCUCCUAAGACUUCAGCUUUUGGUCUGAAUCAAGGCUCUCCGUUUGAAGCAGCGAACGCAGCACCCAAAUUUGGUGAAUCGUCUUUCUCUUUUAACGCUAAUUCUAACAGUACGAACAAUAUGUUCUCUAGUAAUUCUUUUUCUGGUUUUGGGGCGAAGCCUACUUCUUCCGCUUUUUCUUCAUUUGCUAGUGCAGCAACUCCUACUAAUUUGUUUAAUGUUCCAAAAGAUAAUGAAGCAUCUUCAAUCUUUGGAAAUGCUACAGGUGCUCAAAAGCAAUCACCUAUGUUUCCUUCAGUCCCUGUUGAAAAAACAGAGCCCGAAGAUAAUAUGGAAUCGGAUGUGGAGAGUGAAAAGGUGGAGUCAUUAGCCAAUUCUGAUGCAGAUCCUACAAACAAUAAUAAACCUGGAAAAAGUAAUAUUGGCUGGGGAAGCAAUUUAUUUGAUAAUACUUCUCAGCCUUCAUUUUCAUUUGGUCUCAGUCUGGAUGACAAAACACCGAAAGAAAACUUUUCUGUGUUUGGUAAUCAAUCGAAACUCUCAACUACAUCCUCUACUCAAGCGCCCCCUAAACCUUUUUCUUUCGCGCCUACGGAUAAGUCAAUAUUUAACUCUCCAUUUAAGCCGGUCACUCCAGCGAAUAAUGAAUUAUCUAAAAAGGACCCUAUUGCUGAGGAAAGUACUAAAGGAGAAGAAAGCAGAAAGAAUGCUGGAGGUGAGGUAUUCGGACGCGAUACCUCCAAGGAUUUGUUAAAGAAAGAGGAAACAGAUAAGAAAGUUACAGAGGCUGCAGCCAAUAAAGGUACGCUACAGCCAGAUGGCAAGCCAUUUGUUGAGGAUGCCAAAAAAUCUGAGAAAGAGGAAAGAGAUAAUAAAACUACAGAGGUUAUAGCCGAUGAAGGUGUAGUACAGUCAGACGAUAAGCAAUCUGUUGAAGAUGGCAAAAAGCAUGAGAAAGAGGAAGUAAUAAAUAGACCCAUGGAUCCUUCAUUCGGUAAAGACUUACCGCAGUCAGACAAUAAGGAAUCUGUUGAAGGCGAUAAACCACAGGAGAAGGUGGAGCUUGCUGAGUUCGAAGUAGACAAGGAUUUGGGAGAUCAUGCGGAACCCGAAAAUACUGCUGAUGUCCCUAAACUCAGUUCUGAUAAUGAUCAGCAAUCUUCUUAUAUAGAAGAACUGAAUGAUGAUACUGAUGAAGUUGUUUCAGAUACAAUACCGGAGGAAAGUUCUUUUAUGACCAAGAGUAGAAAUUUAAAUACUGAAAUUGGCAAGGCGGAAAGUGUGUCCGGCGAAAAUUCCAACGAACCCGAGGGAAGUGAAGAUUGGGAAAAAGUUGAAGCUGUAGGAAACGAUUAUGACGAAGCUUCUACUAGAAAUCUCGAAGAUAACCGUGAAUAUACAUCACAGGCUCGUGCAUUUCCUGAAACGAAAUUAACAAAGGAGGCGAUAGAAAAAAAAUCGUUGGUUGAGAAGGCUACUGAUGAACGCCUGGCUAAACUCCAAGAUAAUGAGUCAAAGAACUUAGAUUAUGGAGCUAUUGACAGCCUAAGUGGCGUAAAUGAAGAAUUUAAGCAUCAAGAAACUCCCAAAACUAAGCUUAUAGAGAAAAAGCCCGUUCUUCUUCAGGCUCCUGACUUAUUAGAAGAUAUGCGGGAGGCAGUUAGUACUGAAUCCAAUCCAAUGGUUAAUGCAUUCGAAAAAGUAUAUUUACAGUUCGAGGCAGAGAUGGAUUUAGUUUCCCGGAAUAUGGAGAAGCUAAUUCAAUAUAUGAAUGACCAGUCAGAUACUGGAUAUUCCAAUGAGGUCUAUCCAAAUAUGACAUGUCUUACUGAUGAUACUCAAGUAUUGGAAGAUUUGCUUGAUAAAAUAAGUUUGUGGACUUCCGGGAAACAAGCGUAUGACAAGAAACUUGAUAAUUUGCGUGUGACGCUUGUUCGAUUAAAUGCUAAAAGAGUACAAAUUCAAAGACUCAUUUAUGCUCAUACAGAUCCCGUGUUUAUUAACCGACUCAAGUUACGACAGUUAGGUCCUGAAGCACUUCGACGACAAAAAGAGCUUCGUGUUUCUAUGGAAAGGGUUCAAAAACUUAUGACUUCUGCUGAAAAUAUGGCUUAUGAUGUACGUUUAACUGACGUUCAAAAUAGAAAACGAUUGAGCCUAGCUUCGAUAGAAGUUGCAUGCAGUCGUAUUGCUUCUAUUGUAAGUCAGCGAGAGCGAGAACUAUUUAGGCUUGAAGCUGAAGUUAAAGGAUUGUUUGUGUCAAACUGUAAAGGACCUUUUAUGAUGAAUGAUUUGAACUCCAGUUUAGCAAGUUCACUCGAGAAAGGAUCGGAUUUUUUUGUUGACCAACGCGAAGGUUCGCGGUCAUCAACUAAAUUGGAAACGCAACGUCAGGACGACUUUUGUGAUCUUAUCUUUAACAGUUUGUGUCUUUUAAAGCGUAACGAUUAAGGGGCUUUCAUGUGAAUUAUCAUGGAUCAUUAGGAGUACAUUACAUUAUGUGUAUAGGAAUUUAAAAUAGAUAUAUUGGAAUCGUUUAAUUUAUUUUUUGUAAAAAAACUAAAG